AUGCAGUCUAUACGGAAAUCUGUGUGUGUCGCUGUUACAAAGAAUUUCAACAGAACAGUGACAGUAAACAGUGCGAUAAGUGAAGAGAAUGCGCAAUCAAAGCCAUGGACGUCAAUACCGGGGCCUAAAUCUUUGCCCAUUGUGGGGCAACUACAUCAUUUCUUGCCUGGAGGAAUGCUCGCUGAUCCAAUAAAAAUUCCAGAGGUGCUUUACGAAAAGUACGGUCCAAUUGUCAGGUUCGAUGGAAGAUUUGGUUCACCAACUCUCAUUUUCUUGCUAGAUGCCGAAGCUUCUGCCCAGAUUUUACGAAAUGAAAAUUGGAUGCCUGCUCGCCCGGGGUUUGCCAGUUUUGAACACUACAGAAAGCGAAAGAACAAGAAUAAGCCGGACGAGCCGACUGGACUUUUGACAGAUCACGGAGAGGCAUGGAGAAAGUUCCGAACAACGGUGAAUCCGAUUUUGCUGCAUACAAAAACAAUAAAAUUGUAUAGCAAAAUUCUAGAAGAAGUCGCUGAAGACAUGGUCGCCAGAAUGAGACACUUACGUAAACAAGAUAAUAGUAUAGAUGGAAAACUUGAUAUCGAAAUGAAUCUAUGGGCUUUAGAAUCCAUUGGCGUGGUUGCUUUAGGAGGUCGGCUAAAUUGCUUAGACCCAAAUUUACCUGAAGACUCACCAGCAAGAAGACUCAUACAGACUGUUCAUGGUAUUUUCAAAAUGGCUGACAAAUUAGACUUUAAGCCAAGUUUGUGGCGGUAUAUUGGUACUCCAAAUUACUACAAAGCCAUGAAGUGCUAUGAAGAUCAAACAAAUUUGAGUCGAUACUUUAUCAAUCAAGCACGAGAACAAUAUAAAACUAAGGACCAAUCGGAUGAUGAAAAAGGAAUCCUUGAGAAACUUCUAGAAAUUGACGAGAAUGUUGCUACUAUAAUGGCGGGUGACAUGUUACUCGCUGGUGUUGAUACGGCCGCGAACACAAUGCUAGCGACGUUCUAUCUACUUGCGAAAAAUCCCGAGAAGCAAAACAAAUUAAGGGAAGAGAUUUUAUCCCGUUCAGAACAAAAGCCAUACUUGAAGGCUUGCAUUAAAGAAUCGCUCAGAGUUAAGCCCGUAGUUGCUGGAAAUUUGAGGGCAACAUCAAAGGAGUAUGAUAUUUUGGGAUAUAGAAUUCCUAAAGAUAUGUUUGUGACAUUUGGACACCAAUUCCUAUCAAUGUCUGAGGAUCAUUUCCCGAGAGCGAAGGAAUACAUUCCAGAACGUUGGCUCGUUGAUAAGACUGACCCACUUCACUAUAGAAACGCCCAUCCGUUUGCUUAUAACCCAUUCGGCUUUGGAGUUAGAAGUUGUAUAGGUCGGCGUAUAGCAGAGUUAGAAAUAGAAACCUUCCUCUCGAAGACCAUAGAAAACUUUCAAAUAGAGUGGACAGGGGGGGAGCUCAAUGUGCGUCCAGCCUCUCUGAACUACAUCGUGGAACCUUUUAACUUCAUUUUUAAAGAUGUUUAA